AUGGAUGGAUCGGCAUUGUAUUCGUGCUGCAGUCAGGCUGGAAGCUUGCAACAGUUGCUUAGCAACAAGUUGACUGGUCAUUCAAUCGCCUGCUACCGAGAUGACCCCAUUGUUGUCCAGACUAAACUGCAACAGCUGGUUAAUUUAUCGUUAGAAUGCCUAGCGAACAAGGACAUGUUGUCACUGGUCGAUGCCAGCAGCAGUGGUGGAACGGCAUCAGUUUGGGUUGAGGUGACGUCUUCCAGUAGCAGCGUUGCUGGCGGUGGAGGUGCUGGCAACAGCCUGAACAGUGCCAACGGCACCACUGCAAGUGCAAUCAACGAGUGA